GGGGCUUGGCUGCCGGCUCCCGCUGAGCGCGGCCCCGCGCCUGUUCCGCCCGCCCGGCACCAUGCAGAGCGCCCAGUACCCGGAGGCCUAUCGCGACGAGGCUGCGGUACAUGAUUACCAUGGGUGUAAUAUAUGUGACCCGUAUUGCUGGUUGGAAGACCCUGAUAGUGAACAAACAAAGGCUUUUGUGGAGGCCCAGAAUAAGCUUACGGUGCCCUUUCUUGAGCAGUGUCCUGUCAGAGGAUUAUUCAAAGAACGAAUGACUGAGCUCUAUGACUAUCCCAAAUACAGUUGCCACUUCAAGAAAGGAAAAAGGUUUUUUCACUUUUACAAUACUGGACUGCAGAACCAGCGAGUAUUAUAUGUGCAAGAAUCCUUGGAUGCUGAUGCCAAAAUAUUUCUUGAUCCAAAUAAGCUUUCUGAUGAUGGCACUGUGGCUUUACGAGGUUAUGCAUUCAGUGAAGAUGGUGAAUACUUUGCUUACGGUCUGAGUUCCAGUGGCUCAGACUGGGUAACUAUCAAGUUUAUGAAAGUGGACGGUCCUGAAGAGCUUCCAGAUAUGCUGGAAAGGGUUAAAUUCAGUUGCAUGGCUUGGACCCAUGAUGGAAAAGGCAUGUUCUACAACUGCUAUCCAAAACAAGAUGGGAAAAGUGAUGGCACUGAGACCUCCACUAAUGUGCAUCAGAAGCUGUUUUACCACAUCCUUGGGACUGACCAGUCAAAAGAUGUUUUAUGUGCCGAAUUUCCUGAUGAGCCAAAAUGGAUGGGUGGAGCUGAGGUAUCUGAUGAUGGUCGGUAUAUUGUCUUAUCCAUACGAGAGGGAUGUGAUCCAGUGAACAGGCUGUGGUACUGUGAUCUACAAAAGGAAUCAAAUGGUAUAACGGGAAUUCUUCAAUGGGUGAAGCUGAUAGACAACUUUGAUGGCGAGUAUGACUAUGUCACCAAUGAGGGAACAGUGUUCACUUUCAAGACAAACCUCCAUGCUCCAAAUUAUCGAUUAAUCAAUAUUGACUUCAGUGAUUCAGAUGAAUCCAAAUGGAAAGUGCUUGUCCCUGAGCAUGAGAGAGACGUUCUAGAAUGGGUUGCUUGUGUUAGGUCCAACUUCCUGGUUUUGUGUUACCUGCAUGAUGUGAAGAAUGUUCUACAACUUCAUGAUCUAGCCACUGGCACACAUCUCAAGACUUUUCCUUUGGAAGUCGGCAGCAUUGUGGGAUAUAGUGGCCGAAAAAAGGACACACAAAUAUUUUAUCAGUUUAUGUCCUUUUUAUCUCCAGGUAUUAUUUAUCACUGUGAUCUGACGAAAGAAGAACUGGAGCCAAGAGUUUUCCGGGAGGUGACUGUGAAAGGAUUUGAUCCUUCGGUUUAUCAGACAGUUCAGGUUUUCUACCCCAGCAAAGAUGGUACCAAGAUCCCAAUGUUUAUUGUCCACAAGAAGGGAAUUAAAUUGGAUGGAUCUCAUCCUGCUUUCUUGUAUGGCUAUGGGGGUUUCAACAUAUCUAUUACUCCAAGCUACAGUGUAUCCAGACUUAUUUUUGUGAGACAUCUGGGCGGGGUUCUAGCUGUGGCUAACAUCAGAGGAGGUGGUGAAUAUGGAGAGACCUGGCACAAAGGUGGUAUCUUAGCAAACAAACAAAAUUGCUUUGAUGACUUCCAGUGUGCAGCGGAAUAUCUUAUCAAAGAGGGAUAUACAUCUCCAAAGAAGCUGACUACUAAUGGAGGUUCAAAUGGGGGUCUCUUAGUGGCUGCUUGUGCUAAUCAACGCCCUGACCUGUUUGGUUGUGUGAUUGCUCAAGUUGGAGUAAUGGACAUGCUUAAAUUCCACAAAUUCACCAUUGGUCACGCCUGGACAACUGAUUAUGGCUGCUCUGACUAUAAAGAACAAUUUAAAUGGCUCAUCAAGUACUCUCCACUUCAUAAUAUCAAACUACCAGAAGAGGACGGAAUCCAGUAUCCCUCCACGUUACUUCUCACGGCAGACCAUGAUGAUCGCGUGGUCCCUUUGCACUCACUGAAAUUCAUUGCUACUCUGCAGUACGUGGUGGGCCGAAGCCGUAAACAAACCAACCCACUUUUCAUUCAUGUUGAUACCAAGUCUGGGCAUGGAGCAGGAAAACCAACAGCUAAAGUUAUAGAAGAAGUGUCUGAUAUGUUUGCUUUUAUAGCACAAUGCCUAAAUCUUGAUUGGAUUGAAUAGGUAGAGUACAUAUUACUGUCUCAAUUAGAAAUCAAGGGCUUUUACACUAUUUGAAAACAACCAACCAGUUGGUGUAGUACUUACAUUUAAGAACUGCAGUUUAAUAUUUUAUUGAUCCAAUCUGCUGUGGAGUUUUGGUCUUUUAAGCUUCCUUCUUUUUAAUAUUUACUGGGGUUUCUUUUCUACUAGGUUCAGGUAUAUGUUUUAAAUAGCACCUUUGAAUAGAUAGCUGAAUUGCUGGCACUGCUGUUGUGAAGAUUUAGAUUCCCGAGUUGGUGGUAGUUGAGCUUAUUUCAUAUCAAUCAAUUUUAAUGUAUUUUGCAUCUAUAAACAUAUCCAGUUCACCUGUAAUUAAAUGUAAGUACUGUUCCUGUACAAACACUUGGAGAAUAAUAUCUGUUAUUUAAGAAUGUUAUGGUUAUUACAAAAUCUUUUCAAUUAAAAUGCUGAAGUACAAAUACAUUGGGUCAUUUGAAGUCAAAUAUUGCUGUUAAAAAGCUUACACUUCACGUUAUUCAUAACAGUGUAUUAGUCCAUCAUACUUCUGUUGCUUAGUUUAAUCAGUUUAUUGUAGCUGUCCAAUACUUCACCAGCUUAGUAUCAGGUAAUUUAUUUCCGCAUGUAAUAGAAACUCAACCUGGAGAACUUGGAUUAUCUCUAGAAUUUUGCUCUUUUCUUUUCAAGUUGCACAGAUAAUCUUGACAAUGUUGUCUCAUUGCUCCCUGCAUCUUUAACUACUUCUGAACAACAGACCAGCUAUCACCAGUGUUGCACACAGAGCCCUGAUCGAGCUCCCCCAAAACUGGACACUCACCAGGCUGUUGUGUUUGGGGCCCACCUCACUGGGUACUGUGUGGUCUUUAAGCCUCCUGAGUCUGAACAGAAUCCAGGUACUACCUCUGGCGUACAGUCCCUAUGCAUACUCAGGGUGAAGGUCCUCUUGUCUGGCACUCCCUCAUGAGAGAUGAGACCCUGCAGUCCAGCUGCCCAGCCCUUCAGACUAGUGCUGACGCCUCAGGCUCAUCUGUAGCUUAAAUACAUACUCUCCCAGAGCUCCAGCCAUGUGAGCAUUCAGGGUUUACAGUUUAGCUCCAUAUGGUCAUUCAAUGGUGAAAGCAAACAGACCCAUUAACUUUGCAUAGGAGUCUAAAAUAACAUUACUCUUUUACUCUUGGGGGAAUUCUGGACCACCAUGCAUGUGCAGAAUUUAUGUCCCUCGCAGAUUUCUGUGCUUACCUGCAGAAAAAGGACUUUCUGAUGGGGAAGCAAAAGGAAGCCACAAGAGCAGUUAUGCGACCCUUCCCAGCAGUUUUGAGUGCCAAGGAUAGCCAUCAGAGAAGUAAAUCACUUCAUGGCACCCAGGGCCAUGUCAGACCCACCCCCCGAUUUCUCCUCGUCUGUAGGAAACUCUGCAAACUCCCCUGUUGCCCCCCCCACCCCCAUUGCGCUUCCUGCACCUGUCACUCCACAGCUGCAGGGGGAAGGAUCACUGUAUGGAGAGCUGCUCCCCUUUCCACCCAACCCCCAUGCAUCCAGACCCUCCCGCCAAUUCCCCCACACACCCAGAACCCCCACACCAACAAGCCCCACUCCCCCUGUACCUCGACCACCCCAAUGAGUCAUCUGCACCCAGAUCCCCGCCCUACCAAACCCCAACCAACUGCAGCUUGAUCCCCACCACACUGAGCCCCACUCCCCCAGCAUCUUUACCCCUCACUCAGCUCCCCAUACCCAGAACCCCCUGCCAAGCUCCAAUCCCCGCACACCCAAGCCCCUCCCUGCUGAGCCCCAACCACCGUCACCUGGACCCCUCUGCAGAGUCUCACUACCUUUGCACCCAGAACCCCUCAACAAGCCCCUGCACCCAGAUCCCCUACUGAGCUGCCCACACCCAGAUUGCCCCACACAGACCCCUCUCAACCCACACCUGAAUCCCCCCCACUCACACUGAGCCCCUCCACCCCUGGAUCCUGCCUUGCUGAGCCUGCCUGCACAUACCUGGUGCAUCUGGCAUGGAGGGACAGGGCCCUGAGGUGUUUCUGGGGCAGACCCUGUCCUUGAGCUAGGUCAGCGUGGGUGCAGCCUCGCUGCUGAGUCCGUGUCGGGGAGGCGGGGCUGCUGCACACUGAUCUCCCACCUCUGUGAAGCCAGUGGCCUGUGCUCCCCAAUGCCAGGCUGGU